AUGCAUUCAAAGAAAGUGGCAAUUAGUAUAGAGAUGUACCUAAAUUUCCUUAAUCGAGGAAGACAUCAAGGGUUUCUUCUUCUAAUAGGGCGAAAACUUAAGAGUUCUUUGCAUUCUAAAGUGCAGCCAAAGAAGGGUCUUCAAAAGCAAUCCAAAGCAACAAGUAAUCUGAUAAUUCUAGGUGGAGAAGAUAAAGUAGAUCUAUCUACACAAUCUCAGGGCACUUCACUAUCUAUUUGUCCUAAGGCUAAGGUAAUAAGGGAACAUAAAGGCAAUAUUUGUGUAAUUGAACCUAAGAAGACACAAGAAACAAGUAGCAACUGGUAA